GCCGCAUACGCCAGUUGUAUCGCGGCGCAGGCGUGAACUUGGAAGUGGGCUGUUUACUUGGUUCGCACGGCAACAAUCGAUAAGCGCCGUUGAUUCGCCGCGGACCUCCAGCUUUUCCCCCUGCAUCACACCGAUCAGUAUCGAGCGAGCUACUGUCACGUCACUGCCACCCCACCACCCCGAGCGAGCUGUCAUUCUCCGCAUUGCGAAUCCUCUCGACUAGUGAGUGUCGUCCUUGGCGAACCUUCUCGUAGGCCGAUUCAUCCUGAUCCAUCCUAUAGCGAGCUUUCGGCCGCCCAUCAAACCAACCACCCGAAUCGCCUCCAAACCGAAGAAGAAAAAAUAAGGGGGGAAAAACCACCACACAGACCGUCGCAACGAUGAGCAAACCGGACCUUGUCUACGCCGACGAGCGGCGCUUCCUCGACGAGCGCGGCUCCUCGGCCUCGCUGGCGCCCAACGGCGAGAACCCGGCCACGAUCAUGGAGAAGGCCGUGCGCGAGCGCAUCAUCGACUCGUACUUUUACAAGGAGCAGUGCUUCGCCGUCAAUGAGGCCGACAUUGUCGAUCGCGUCGUCGAGCACGUUUCCUUCAUCGGCGGUACCUACGGGGUCACGCAGAAGCCCACACCCUUCCUGUGCCUGGCCUUCAAGCUGCUGCAGCUCGCGCCCUCGGACGCCGUCCUCGAGACGUACCUCGGCUUCGGUGGGGACAAGUUCAAGUACCUGCGCGCGCUGGCGUGCUUCUACAUCCGCAUGACAAGGAGGCCGAGGGACGUCUACCUCCUGCUGGAGCCCUUCCUGGAGGACCGGAGGAAGCUAAGGCGGAAGGGCCGGCAGGGCACGAGCCUGACGUACAUGGACGACUUCGUUGACGACCUCUUGACCAAGACGAGAGUCUGCGCGACCAGUUUCAGGGAGCUGCCCAAGAGGUCCGACCUCGUGGACCUGGACGAGCUGGAGGAGAGGAUCAGCCCGUUGGGGGAUAUAGACGAGCUGCUAGAGGAGGAGGAGAGGGAGGCCAACGCCGGGGCAAACGGCGCGGACGGGUCGUCGGAGGGGGAGGUUGCGGAGGAUAGAAGCGGCGACGGCGAGCCGAUGGAUGUGGAGAGGCGGUCGAGAUCGCGGUCGAGGUCGAGAUCAAGAAGCAGGCAGAGGUCUCUCUGAACAAGCAAUGUUAGCCGAAUAUGAUACCCAGCUUUCUGCUCCGACGAGGGCAAAAGCAAAGACAAAAUGAGAGACCUGUUUGCGUGCAUGAUGAACAUCGUGGG